AGUGGAAUGCAGUUAUGAAAGAAAUACCAACCUUUAAACCUCUCUUUCUUUGCAAACUACAACCCCAACUCCAAAAUUCCAAAAUUCCUUUCCUCUCCAAUUCAUUCCUACCUUUCCUGGAGCAAGGCCAUCAACCUAGUUAAUAAGUAUCUCCAAAGCCAGUGACUGUUUUGAAGAACGAGGCCGCCAGGCAAAUGGGAGCACCACCAUUUGCAAGCCAACCUCCAUGCCAUGCACCUUGCACAACUGGAAAUUGCUGUUCCUUCAUUGUCACUGGCUCAGGAUUCUGAAACUCCCUACCUGACAGCACUAUUGGAGACAACUCAACACGAGAACUGCAAUGUUUCGAAAGCAUGGCUAUCAUCACCCUCUCAAGGCCAUCAGGGAUGGACAGUUGAGUCAUGGCUGUGGUGGUGGACACUGGAACUGGGAUGACCAAAGCCGGAUUUGCAGGGGAUGAAUAUCCCAGAGCGGUGUUUCCGUCUGUUGUGGGAAUGCAUCAGGAUGCUGUGCUCAGAACAGACCUAAACAACUACUGUGUUGGGAAAGAAGCCAGAGACAGGCCAGAUAUUUGGAUCUCCAAAUACCCAAUCAAACAUGGGAUUGUGACCAACUGGGAUGACAUGGAGAAGAUUUGGCACCACAUCUUUAACAAUGUGUUGAGAGUUGCUCCAGCAGAACAUUCUGUUCUCUUCACGGAGGCACCUCUGAACCCCAAAGCUAACAAAGAGAAGAUGGUCCAGAUGAUGUUUGAGAGUUUUGACGCACCACGAGUCUUUGCUACUGUUCCUGGCUUAGUCUCCAUUUAUGGAACAGGCCGCGUCAAAGGCCUUGUACUGGACUGUGGUGAGGGUGUGACUGCUGCUUUGUCAGUCAAUGAGGGCUAUAUCAUGCCUGAAAGCAUUCGACGCCUAAACUUUGCUGGCAGGGAGCUAACUGACAACUUCAUGGAGAGUUUGUUGCAUCGUGGGUACCACUUCAGCUCGGCUACUGAGAGAUUGCUUGCUGAAAAUAUCAAAGGGAAGCUUUGCCAUGUGGCCCUUGAUUAUGUCCAGGAGAUGACAGAUGCUACUACAUCUUCCACCCUGGACAAAAGCUAUGAACUUCCAGAUGGUCAAAUCCUCACCAUCAAUAAGGAGUGUUUUCAAUGUCCCGAAGCUCUAUUUCAACCUUCCUUUUUGGGAAUACCAUCCGAUGGCGUGCACAAGACCGUCAAUGACAGCAUCGAGGCAUGUGAAGAUUGUAUCAGGAGUGAUCUCUACACAAAUAUUAUUCUGGCUGGUGGGUCUACCAUGUUUCCAGGCAUUGCUGAUCGAAUUCAGAAAGAAAUCACACUCUUGGCUCCAAAAACAAUGAAGAUUAAAGUCAUUACUUCAUCGGAAAGGAAGUAUUUAGGCUGGAUUGGUGCCUCAGUCUUGGCUUCUCUCUCUGCUUUCAAGGAAAUGUGUACUACCAAGCAGGAGUAUGAUGAAGCAGGACCCUCCAUUAUCCAUCGCAAGUGCUUCUAAGUGUUACGGCGGCUUGGGGGCAGAGGGGUGUGGUGAGGAAGAUAUUAAAAAUGUACUUAAUGAUGUUAUUCUCUUCAAUUUAUGAGUGACAUCAUGAUGAUGGUGACCGUGACUCUAAUUCUAUUUCUGAGUUUCUAUGCCUUUGCCUCAUUUCACCUACUUUUGAGACAAAUCUUUGAUUUGACUGCAACAGGCGGGUGAAUGAUGCUUUGUUGUCUGAACAAACCAAUUCCCGAUGACCAUAAUUAUGUGAAGUGGCCAAUUUCCCAAAGCAAUGAAUGGCAAUCACAUAAGAUCAUGGAAUCUGACAGCGCAUAAAUUAUUUGGGCUGUGAUAGCUUUGGCAGCUCUUUGAAAGAGCUAUUCAAUUUAAUUCAUAGCCCAGAUUCUUCCAUCUGACACUACAAAUUAUUCCUUUCUAGUGUAUUAUCAAUUACCUUUAAGAAGUUCCUGUAGAAUUUGAUUAUAAGGAGUGUGUUCUGGAUUUUAACAAUCCUUUAUGGUGAAGAAAUUACUGCUCACUUCCCUUUAGAUUUUUCUUGUGAAUUGAAUCUAGAGUUAUGACGUCCGGGUACCAGUCCAUAGAACAUAGAACAGUACAGCACAAUACAGGCCCUUUGGCCCAUGAUGUUGUGCAAAAUCAAGGUGGAGGAUGUGAUCAUUGAUCCCACUACCUCUCACAUGUAAAGUAAAUUGCUCUACCGUUUGAACUAAUUCCCCACACAAGUCCAAUGAUGAAGAAAAACAUUUAGAUCCGAAUUUCUGUAUGCUCUACCUUUUUAUUAGCUUUUUUUUACAAACAUAUAGUCAAAAAGCUAAGUAUUUCAUAUUCUUUUUAACUGUCUUAUCAACUUACAUUGCCACAUUCAAAGAGUACUCAAUCUCUGGUCCAGAUGUUCUUGUGCAGCUCUCACAGUGGUGCUUUUUACAUUUUGCUGUUUCUGUAGUUGUCCUCUCCGAGUGCAUUAUAUCACAUUUGCAACAUUGAAUUAGAUCUGCUGUCUGCAUGCUUAUUUCAUGAGUCUGAUGCUGUCCUCCUGAACUAUGCUACUUUUCUGCUUUAUUAUUUACAGUUUUGAGUAUUUUAUAUAGUCUGUGAACUUAGAUACGGGAAGGACAAUUCUAAAAGGUCAGAUCAUUCAUAGAAAACAAGAAAAACAAUGGUUCUCCUGAGGACCCCGCUGUGUGACACACUCAGAAAAGCAUUCAUUCAUCAUUUCACUGCACCUCCUAUCCCUUAAUCAAUUUCGUGUGCAAGUUCUCAAUAGUAAGGCCACAUGUUUCUAUUUUCCAAAUCGGCUUGUUAUGAGCUACUUUAUCAACAUACUUUUGAAUAUCCAUGUAAAAAUUAUUUACUGUGCCUUUAAUUAACCCUUUUUGUUAGUUUAUCAAAUAACUUGAUCAGAUUUAUCUUUGAGAAGCAAGGUAUACUUUUUUCAAAGGCAAUAAUUUCUCAGUUUCUAAGGCUUGCUUUAGAAUGAUCUUUAGUUGUCAGCUUUAGCCAUUCAAGAUUACUGCAAUGGCGAGAAACACAUUACAAUCAUCUAUCCAGAGAAUAUCAAUUAUGAACUCCCACGAUGCUCUCCCAUAAUAUUUUGGAAUAAUUCCAGGAGUUCUAUCUCCACAACACUAUCUGGAAAUUCUAUUAUUGAUCGCAUUACAUUUACUGGUUGAAGCCCAUGUCCGAUUGUUCUACUCCCUGGCAUUUUAAUUUAAAACAGCUUUUUUCAAAUCUCUAGAAUCUUCCUUACAACUCUCAGCCCAAUACUAUGGAUCAGUCUCAGGAAUUCCUUUGCAGUCUCUGCUGCUUGAGUAUCUCAUUUUGGUUUUUGAUGACUAAAGCUAGGCUUAGUAUUUAAGGCUCAGUCUGACCAGAGCUAAGUAAAUCUCUGCUAUGACUUUCUUCCACCUUUGACUUUUUAAUAGCUCUGUUGAUUGCUGUUCUACAUUAGGUUGAAUAUAUUACAAGUCUCUUCAAACAAUUUCAACCUCACUUUUAGCUUUCCAGCAUUGCUCAUGUUCAUGAGCCAUGUUCAUUUAUUAUCACUUUCCAUUGCAACAAAAUAUUAAAUUGGUAAUUUAGUUAAGAUACAGCUCAAAUUGCAAUUGGCUAGUGAUGGAGCAAUGUUUAUUGCUGUAAUGAAUAACUCUCCAUCCUAUUAAAUUAUGGAGGUUGCAUUUAAAAAUGCUUAUGAAACCAGGCCAGGUGAUUGUCAUGUGGAUAAAGAAGGCAUAUCAUCAGUGCUAAUGAUUAAAGAAAAAGGUACCUGACUCAAAUUUCAUCUAGCAUUAUCUCAGAUACUUUCACACCAUUUCCAAAUAGUUCUUUACUUCAUCAGCAGUGAGUUGUUAUGGUAUGCAGCAUCUGAAAAUGUAACUAUCUUAAACUGACUUGCAGAAUCUGGGUUCCAUAUAAAAGUAGGGGUAUCGGCAUUGAGAUUGAGUGCAAUCCGCAUCAAAGGGGAGUUUCUCCAGCAAAGUCUGUUUUUUUUAAACCUCCAGAAUCUGCAGUUCUUUCUUUUAUUCCGGUGUUUAACUCACUACUAUGUUUCUUUGAGGUAUGCCCACCUCAAAGUUUUGCUCCUCUCUCUCUGACAGGAUUUUCUUUUAAGGCUCUUGCAAAGAUUUAUAGCGUGAGUUGUGGAUGAAGUUGUUGGUUUGCUCGCGAAGCUGGCUGGUUAAUGUACAGAUGCUUAAUCACCAUGCUAGGUAACAUCAUCAGUGCAGCCUCUGAUGAAGUGAUGCUGUUCUACUCCACUUGGAAUUUAUAGGAUCCCGUCUGUUAAGUUGGGUUAUGUCAUUUCUGGAUCUGUUCUGUGUGGGUUUGUAUAUGGGGUCUAAUUCCACAUAUUUGUUGAUUUCAUUGCGGGUUGAAAACCAGGACUCUAGAAAUUCCUGUGUGAGGCCUGUGGUUGGCUUCAGCUAGAAUGGUCACAUUGUCCCAGUUAAAUUGAUGGCCUUCAUUGUCUGAGUGCACUGAGAUGAGAGAAAGUUUGUUGUGUCAUUUUACUGUUAGCUGGCGUUCAUAUAUCCCAAAGGCUAGUUUCCUUCCAGUCUGGCCAAUGUAAUGUUUGCUGCAGUCUUUGCUAGGUAUUUUGUAAACUAUAUUGGUCCUGCAUGUCAUGGGUGUGGCGUCUUUGGCCUUGUUAGUGUUUGUUGUAGUGUGCUUGUGGGUUUGUUUGCUGCCAUGAUUCCUAGUGGUCGUAGGAGUGUCGUCAGUUCAGAUAUGUUCUUGAUAUAGGAUAAUGUAUCGGGGCAUACUUCGUCGCCUUGGCAUUGCCUUCUGAUAUACUCGGUUUAGAACGCCCUAUUGGUUAUUUGUUCUACCCUGUCACAUAGCUUGGUGCACGAACGAACCAAGUUAUAAGAGACACACCAUUUCAUCAACAGCAUUUUCACCGGGAUCAAACUUAUAAGACAACAAUUAACUUCCAUUUGUAGACGUUAGGGUAGAACAAAUGAUCAACGGGAAGGCAACCCACACUGACCAAAUUCUCAAUUUUCACAGCAAUCACCCCAAUGUUCACAAACAAAACUGUGUUAGGACACUAUUCAAAUGGGCCACAGCUUACUGCAACAUAUCAGAACUAUGCAGGAAGGAGAAGAGUACCAAUAUAAGGUCUUUGCUAACAAUAGUUAUGUCAACAGCUUCAUCCACAGGUGCCUGCUAGAUAGACAAUGCCAAGAGGACACAGUAUGCCUAGACGUCUGGUUUUCAACCUGUAAUGAAAUCACCAAAUAUGUGAAUUAGACCCCAUAUACAAACCCAUGCAGAACAGAACCUGAAAUGAUACAGCCCAACUUAACAGACCGGA